AUGUUACAUCUUAAAAACCUGGUGCUCAGCCUGUGCAGUAAGUUUUUAUUCUUUUUUAUUUGUGUAAAUAACUCAAAUGAUCAAACUGUUUAAAAUAGACCAUGGACAUUUGUUCUGUUUACCUGUUUCAUUGGUUUUGACUUUUAUUCACAGUUUCUCUGAGUUGGGUCACCAGAGCAGCACAGCUGGUCAUUGUGUCUGGAUAUGAGGGACAGGCAGUAGAUAUUUCUUGCUCCUACGGUUCAGGUUAUGAAUCUUAUGAGAAGUACCUGUGCAGGAGCGACUGUGGCGACAGUGAUGUUCUUGUUACAACAACACAGGCGAGGAAAAACAGAUACUCUAUCUCUGAUGACAAACGGAAACGAGUCUUCACAACAACCAUCUUUAAUCUGAGACAAACAGAUGUUGGGAAGUACUGGUGCGGAGUGACCAAGUCUGGGAAGGAUCUUUACACUGAGGUGAAGCUGGAAGUUGGACAAGGUUGGUAAACAAAUGAAUAUAAAGGACAAGAGUAAGAGAGUAGUUCAAGUGUAAGAAAAUAACACAACAUAUAAGAGAUGAGCAACCCAAAAAUAAAAGCACUAAAAAUAACAACCAGAGGAUUUACAAUACAACAUAAGUCCUCAGUGUUAAAGUCUGAGGCACCAAAGAAUCAGUCAAUUCAUUGAGUGCUCACUAUCAAUGGUAUUAAUCAUAAGGACGACUGCUAUUGAACUCCACAAGCCUCACUGUAUGAACCUCAUCUGAUUUUAUUGUUUUAUUUACUUUUACUUCUUAUCUUAAGACUAGUCUCCAGCUUGACUGUUGGUGACUCUACCAUGACAUUGGUUGGGAUAUUGUUAAUUCACUUUUGUAUAUCUGUACUUGCAACCAUCUCUGCUGAUGUUAAUCAUUUUCAGACAGCUGCUGUGAUGGAUCGACCAAACUUCAAAGUUAUGAGGAAAGUUCAGUGUCCUUCAGAUGUCCAUAUGAGCCCAAGGACCAGAACAAUCUGAAGUACCUGUGCAGAGGGAAGCAGCCCUCCACCUGUCUGCAGCAGGCACUGAUCACAUCUGACCACCAACAAAAAGGACGAUUCAAUCUUUCUGAUAACAAACAGUCCAGGGAAUUCACAGUGACCAUUGCCAGUUUGACCCACAAUGACUCUGGGUCAUACCUCUGUGGUGUCCAAAGAAACCCCAGACUGGAUGUUUUCACAGCUGUUGAUCUGGAGGUCAAAGGUCAGAGAUCUUUUUUUUUUUUACUUGUGAAGUCAAUUUUAUGCUUAUGAUCCAGAAAUGAACGAUAAGGUUUGUAAAAUUGUUUAGAUUUUAAUGUCUGAAAGAUUCUAAAUAAUGUUAACACAUUAAAUGAGUGAGAGUUAUUUAAAAGGGUCAUGACAGAUAUCAUCAAUCUUUUCUGUUGGACAGAGUGGUGCUGUGUGGAGUCCAGUGAACUGUGGGGCAUUGUGGGAGGUCAAGUUACCAUGCAGUGUCCCUAUCCACCACAGCACAAGAACAACAGGAAGUUCAUCUGCAGAGGAGACCACCGUACAAGCUGUGUGGACAUGAAGAGUCAGAGCAGGUUCUCUCUGCAAGAAAAUGUUUCUCUGAGCUCUUUCUCAGUGAGGAUCACAGAGCUGAAAGCAGAAGAUGCUGGGACAUACUGGUGUGGGUCAGACCCCCAAUGGAGAGUGGGAAAGUACACCAAGACCUACCUGUCUGUGGGUAAGAUCAUGAUGAGAGCAACAGAGUAAUGUGUGAUACUUUUCUUUAAAUAGAGGUAGCUUGAAUUAAUGAUCAUAGGAGUGUUUACUCAACAGAUUUCCCAGAUCUGACCACGACUGUAGUGACUCCUGUUGAGACAAAAUCCACAUCUGUCCCUGUCAAGAAUGUCACAGACAGAGGUGUGUAUGUGUCUGCACGCACAAUUAAAACGCUCACUGACAACUUCAGAGAGCGGGACACCAGAUAUGCUGUGUUUUUUGUUUAGUUUUUUGUGUGUGUUGAAAAAUAUGUGUGAGUGGUUUUGAUGGGUGAUAUGAGGAAGUGUUUAUAAAUACUCUCUUAUUUCCUAGAAAAUGCUACGCACGUCCUCUCCGUUGGUGUCAUCGGGCCCACUGUGUGUGGCAUUCUGCUGGUCAUUCUGACAUUUUCCUUGGUCAUUAUUUGCACAUACAAGAGUCAUAAAGCACAAGGUGUGUUUUUAAAAAAAUGCCAUGAAGUAAAAACGCAUACACACUCGCAGCUCGCUCAUAAUUUUUUUUCUCUUUGCGUUUUGAGGAGGUGAAGUCAAUGGGAACAGGAACCAAACCGAGAAAGCAGAAGCACAAGAAGUGAUCAGCGAGGCGGAUGUAAGGAAAUGAAAGUUCACAGGAUUGCUUGUAGAAACAGAAUGAAUAUAUAACCCAUGACAUUUAAACUCUUGCAGCUUUAUUUGUUGUCAGUUUCUUUAUUCUGAAAUAAAAAAACAUACCUCUGAGAACACAUAAUUAAAAUCAUGUGACAGUUAUAUUUUUCAUAAAGUAAUAAAAAUAUCUCAUUUUUAACAGACAUGUUGUUCUUUCUUUUAUAGAUAUAUCAGAAUCAUGAUGCCGACGUGCAGCUAAGGCAGGAAACCCCCAAACAGUUUAGGACCUGUCACCAGGUUGAGGAAGACUCUGUGUACCAAAACGUCUGCACAACAGGAGACAUCCACUUAAAUGACCUAUAUGCUAAAGCCAAGAAAUGA